ACAAACGUCGUCGUCGUUCCGUUCGUUCGCAUUUGCCUGUCAAGUCAAUUUUACUUUUUCACUCGUCGCAGAAAGAUCCUCUUCGCUGGCUGAUAGUGAAUUAAAAAUUUUCGUCCGUCGUCGUUAAUGUGCAAAGUGAACUCAAUUUGAAGUGGGGAACUGCAGUCAAUCCGGGACAACCCGCGUUCCGGCCGUGUGACCGUUUUGCGUGAGGGGUGAAAAAGUUUGGAUCUGGCAGAGAAAAAAAAGAAGGUUCUGAAGAUUGGUGGAAAAUUCGAGUUCGUGUGGUGCGUUGGAGCUGCGCUGCAAUUUCGCAAAAUUAGUGUCUGUGGCCUCUCGGUGAGGAGGGGGCCACGGGGAGGUGCGAGUGACCGUGAAGGGGGAGGCUCCUCUCUUUGUGCUGAUGUGAUUUUCCUCUUUCUCGGAUUUUUUUUUGGGAAACGCAAACGCAAAAGUUUUGCCACAGUAGGCCACAACCAAGCAGCAGUGGUCUGAAAUCGAAGUGACCUGGGAGUGUGUGUGGGGCCUGGUGGCGCGUUCCAGUUUGGACGGGGGCCUACUUUGAUUCCUCCCGCAAACAAGGAGAGGCAGACACCCCAAAAACGAAAGAAGAAAAGAGUUGAAACUCUGGAAGAGAGUUACGGAAUCUGGGCUACUUUGAUAGAGAGCUUCAAAUUCAUGCAAAGUUCUGUGUUAUGUUGUGGCUGUGUCUUGGGUGGAUGAGAUAAUUCUAGUUGUGGCAUAAGCGCAAGGUCUUGCGUUCUGCGAAGGUACGUGCUUUGUUGAGGAGGAAAAAUCUGCUGCUAGCUGUGAGCUCUCUGUGAAACACUGUUAUGUGCUGAAUGAGCGAUUUGAUAAAACUGCACUAAAGUUUUGGCUGACGACGACCACGAGCUGCUGCUAUCAAUAAAACGUGAAACGAAAACAGACAAACCUCCCGUAAACGUCCGUGUAUGCGCGCGUGGGUGGCCGAGGCGAAGCAGCAAAAAAGUCCCAAAUUUGUCGUCGCGACCCCAUUAUUGAUUUGCUGGUGCCGAAAAUAAACCGAACCGAAGCCGGUUGAAAAUAGCACAAAUAGCCGCUAGUUGCAGCGACUAGAAGAAGUGUGUAAAUCGAUUGGCAUAUCGAGUGCGCCAACGAGAAGGGUGUGUUUGUUUGUGUGUGAGGAAGAGUUGGCCAAAGAGCGUACGAGCGUGAAUCAGCUAAUUGGGAAUUUAAUGAAGAUUGAAGAAGAUCUGUGAUUCAGUGUUUUUUCUUCUACACUUGUUGUUGUCAUGGCGGUUUUAGAUAAUUACGCGACCGAGAUGGCAUCGCCUGCGGAAGAGCUUUGGUGACCGUCGUCGUGGGUAGCGGAUUAGAAUCCGGCAGAGUGAAAUCGAAAGUGCAACCGAUUCGUUGAGUAUCGUUGAACCGCGCAGAGAGUUGUACCCGUGAAGAGAGCGAGAGAGUCCAACGACCUGUGUGGAGAAAAAAACGCAAACAAGUCGAAGAAGUGGCUUAGUACAGGCGCUAGUCUAAGCCUAGUGAGUGAGUUGGGGGGAGGCAGUGCAUGACACUGAUCGGGCCGGGAGCCCCAGGAAUGGCAUUUAUGAUGAAGAAGAAAAAGUACAAGUUUACGGUGGAUCUGCACCUGGAGGAGCUGGUCGAGGUGCCCUUCCUGAACGCGGUCCUGUUCGCGAAGAUCCGUCUGCUGGACGGAGGUAGCUUCCAGGAGCACAGCAAUAGGGAGGAGGUGAAAAACCACACCGUCAAAUGGGGCCAAAAGUUCGAGUUUCCCUGCAAGAUGACGUCGAACGCGUCGACCGGAGUGCUGGACCCGUGCACGGUCCGGAUCUCAAUCCGGAAGGAGAUCAAGGGUGGUCGGAGUUAUCAGAAACUGGGAUUCAUCGAUCUGAACCUGGCAGAAUUUGCCGGCUCGGGGUUGACGUCCCGAAAGUGCCUGCUCGAGGGGUACGACACCCGGCACCGGCAGGACAACUCCAUGCUGAACGUGUCGAUACGGAUGCACAUGAUCCAGGGUGAUAUUCUGUUCAAAGUUCCUUCGCCGAGCCCCAAGUCGAAAGCCAUCCCGCCGCAGGAGAACCUCGGCGGGCUGGGAGGCCUUCCGGCGCCCACCGCCGCCGUAGUCGGUGGUGGUCCCCCCGCGGCGGUCGUGCCACCCACCGGAGUUGUGGUGGUAGCGACAGCGGCCACAGCAGCCACGGCACCAUCCGCCGCCAACCGCAUCUCCACCAAAGAUGACUCCUCGAUAGCGUCCGGCUCGUCCGGGUUUGACUCGCUACCGAAGAAGAAAGGACCUCCCCUGUUUGCCACCGCCGAUUAUCAGCAAUCGAUGGACCUGGAAAUGUCCUUCCCAGUGACCGAUUCCGGUAUCUCCGAAUCUUCCGAACCGCCAUCGUCCAUGCUGGACUCGACGACGUCCCAGGCAACGCUUCCAUCGUUGGCGCUGGCGGCCACCAACAGCAGCAACUCGCAGUGCAGCAGCAGUAGCGGGGCGAGCCAGGUUGGGGCGGCCAACUCCACAGCAACGGGGACGGUGCCCGGCGGCAUCGAGCUGGGCCAUUCGCGCAACUCCAGCAACACUAGUCAAAUGUCCAAAGGAUCCGGUUACAGCAGUUUCUCCCACAGUCAGCACUCGCGGCAAAGCUCCGAGGGCGACUCCGGACAUCAAAGGUUGCGUACGUCCUUGCAACAGACAGGUGUCAAGGGGCCAGAGCCCCAGAAGAACGGCAGCAACUCCUCCUCUGUAGUGAAUGGUAAUCGUUUUGUUAAUGUUAAUAAGAAAUUCAUCACCGCCAGUGUGGUCCCGGCCGUCCUCGGGAACAGCAACAGUAGCAGCAGCGGCAGCACCAGUGGCAACAACAGUGCCAACGGAACGCCCAACAAGGUCAUGACCACGCAGCGGCUGCUGGCGAAGCUGCGAAUUCCGCAGAGCCCGCAGUCGGACUCGGGCGACGAGAUAUUUGUGACGCCGGACGUUACGGUCAUGUCGGACAGCAGCGAGGACCGGACUGAUUCCGGGAUGGACGAGUACGGGACGCCGUCGUCGGACGUGCCCAUGUCGCGGAUGAUGAAGAUGAAGAGUAUGAACAACCUGUCCGUUAAGAAGAGCAACAUGUUCUUCCCGGACGACCAAACCGACAGCGGAGUGGACGAAAGGAUGGCUGCUGCGGCGGGGACGCCCUGUGGUGGCCAGAUGAACCUUAGCCGGAUGAAAUCGUUGGGGAAUCUGUCCGCGUACGAACGGGAAUUUGGAGCUACCCCGAUCGACCUGCUCAAACUGAAGAAGGACUUUGAAGUGCGAAGGUUUAGCUUCGCCAAGAUGAAAUCGUUGACGGACCUGAACGAUGACAGUGAAGACGUGCUGGUACAGCGGAGAAAGCAGGUCUCGAAAGAAAACGUCCAAGUGUCCACCCCCAUUGAAGAGCGCAAGAGUGCCUUCCAGCGAAACGGUAUCGACAUGGCGAACCGCUUCCAGCCGUUCCACAUGCGAAACUCGUUCCACAGCGGCAUCUACCGCAAAAAGGCCGGCAUCGGGUACACGCGCUACAUCGGCAUCGAGGACGAGUCUCCCUCGCCGCUCACCAAGAUGAACUCCAUUCCAUCGCUCAGUGCUACCGAUCGCGUCGAUCACAACCCAUUCCUCACGCCCAACAUUGGCCGGAAGCGGUUCUCCACCUCCAGCAACAGCCCAGACGAAAACGACCAAUCCCCCGUCGAGCUGCGACUCUCCCGCAAACUCGCCGAAGACACCGUCGACUCGGCAAACCUGCUCCUCCGAACACCCUUCGAGCGAAACUUCCGCAAAAGUUCCCCCGGCGAAGACUUCCGCCACUCGGCGGCACCGUUCCGCCAGUCGGACAGCAACUUUUACAACAUCAUUCGGAACUACCCGAUCGGCAAAUCGUCCUCCGCCAACCUGGAGUGGCUCAAGCACCGAUCCUCGUACAAUAACUUUCCGCUCAGCGUGAAGCCCCAAUCACCGACGGCGGCAACGGCGGAUCCGUCACCCGAUUCGAUCCUACCACCACCGCCCACGAACAUGGCCCCCAGGAAAGAGGCCAGCUUGUCGCCGUCUUCGAAUCACUACGGCUCGCGCAUCUAUCCUAGAUUCCGAUCACUAGUGCGAGUGAUUCUUAAGUUUGUCAUUAAGCGACAAUCGAAUCAGUCGACAAGCAUUAACCAUAGCAAUAGUACUACAUCCAAGUUAAAGAACGUCUGCGGGUUGCAUCGGCGCCUGCUGGACGGUAGCACGCGUCAAUUAACCGCACUAACCCUAGCCGUGACGCCGGGUUCGAACUCGUCGAACUCGGGUCCGUCGUCAAACGCCACCACCACCGCCAACAACGCCGCCACAAUCAGUCCCCAACAGCCGUCGGCGGUCUGUUCCGGGACCGGCUCCGAGUUGGACCAGUGCGAUCUGGCCGGAACUAACAACAACAAUGGCCCUUGCAGCGCUUGCUCCACCAAUACUAACAACGUUGGGGUCGCUUCCGGUGGGCUGACCACGCCCGCCGCCCUAGCUUUAAGACGACCCAGUGCUAACAUAAAUCCCAGUUCCAGUUCCAUUCCGAUGAGUGAGACGGGUUCGCUGGACCGGGCGCGGGUCGAGCGGCGGAAGAAGGGCGGACCGGGAAGCGGCGGUGGCGGACUGGAGUCGGCUGGUGUUGGCGGCGGUGUCCCGGACAGCCUGAGCAGUGCCAGUGCCACGCUGCCGACGGUGUCGGGCCGGGUCGAGGGCACGCGCGUCAACACCGGGCUGAUCAUCGACGAGCUGCUCAAGAACACCAAGCUGGACCACCUGGAGGAGUCGGAAGCAUCCGCCGGGCUGGCCCUGUACAUCAGCAGCGACGGCACGACGACGCUCGGCAGCCACGAGGUCAAGUCGCGCAUGCCGGCCGGAGUGUUCAAGCAGGUCGUGAUGGAAAAUCCCAGAUAGUAGUGCAGAUGGCGUGCAUAAUUCCUCCCGCGCAUCAUCAUCCUCAUACAUUCAGCAAUGCAUCGUCACCGGACAACACGAACACAUCCACGAAAAAAAAUGCAAUAUUAGCAGUUUAAGGUGAAGAAGAAAAAGAAAAACAUGCUUCCCACAAUGCUAGUGAGAUGAGGUCGAGUCAAGGUGGUUGUGUGUGUGUGCGAGAGAGAGAGAGAGAGAAAGGGAGUUUGAAGAAGUACUAAAGUCGCUAUCACUGCUGUAUUUUUGUGUGGUCAUUAGUUGGAGAUAUUAGUAGGAGGUACUGUUUCAGUUAUUAUUUCUGUUUUUUUUUCGCUAAGCAACAUCAAACAGAAGAGCGAUAGUUUAGCUAUCCUUUGUACAUUUUGUAUUAUCUCUAUUAUUAUUAUUUAUUAGCUCUUUUUUCUGUUUCGAUAUGUUUCGUUUUAUUACGCCAUGUGAAGUGUGUAAAAGUAGUGCGCAAAAGGAUAGUUUCAGUCUAAACUAAACCGCAAACCAACAAUGCUGUGACGAUUAGAGGAAGAAGAAAGCAAAAUGCUAAACAAUUUAUGCGAGUCAUCCAAAAAUACACAAUAUUAAAACGUGCAUCUGUGAAUAGUUGUUAAUAAAGUUGUGAAACAAUUUCACUACAUUCUUUUUUUUAUUAUCAUUAUUAUUAUUAUUAUUACUGAAUGUUUGUUUUCCUUGGGUAAGAAAUUUUAUGUGCGUUUCCCUUGGGUCCUCAACUUCCCUCUUUUUGGAGCAGUAACCAUCAGUCCGCUCCGCUCCGGAUGUACAGUUGAACAAGGCGCGAUCGAACGAAAUCGUUGUAGGAGCAGGCAAAUCGUACAAGUCACGUUUGGUUCGUUCUGUACAGUGUAAAGUAUUUAAAGGUAACGAUAUUUUUUUAAAAACAAACAAAAACAAGCAAACUAAGUAAGCUGAGUAAUUGUUGUGAUUUUUUAGAGGAAGAAGAAAAAAAUCUGAUAAGAAAGCAUAUUACAAAGUAUCGCUAAACAAUAAAACACACACACAAGAAUGGGAAGAGGGACAAAAGUAUCAUGACAUUCUUUUAUCGAAGCGGAUAGUAAUUUUAAACAAAACAAAAAUUGUGCAAACGACACUAGUUUCGUCGAGUGUUUCGGGUAGAAAUCAAAACCAAUACGUAUCUUACGCGUGCAAGCACGCAUUCAUCAGCAUUACAUUACCGCAGAGAAAAAAAUAACUAGGCUCCAAUUGAGGAAACAUUAAACUUCUAUAGAGAAAAUAAAAAGAAACAUAAAAUCAAAUAGUUUCUCGUAAGGCACUGCGCGCCUGAGGAGAAAAGAUCAAAAACGCAAAACAUUAUAGCAACAAAUACCCCAACUGUUCUACACCUACACACAAAACUAAACAAUAAAAGAAAGCAUACAAUAAAUCUGGAAAUAUGAGGCUCAAUUGAACGGAUGUGGAACAACA